AUGGAGAGUCCAAGGGCCAAGCGCGCACGGCGUAUCCCACCAGGAUGUAGCAAAACACCAGAGGCAACGGCAGUAGGAAGUCGGGAGCAGGUGUUGCUGAAGCGCUUGCAGAUCGAAGGCUUCAAAACAUUUCGCGACAGCGAGGUGAUCGAUGUAUGUCCCGGUUGGCAACCAACGCCGUACAAUGAAGAAGAAUCACUGGCUCCCUCCCCCCUAACCGUCGUGUUUGGAGGCAACGGGGCCGGCAAGUCAGCCCUAUUCGACGGCGUGUUUUUUGUGCUCUCGGGACAGAGCUCCAAGUGCAUUCGGUCAAGCCGGGGCUCGGCCCAACUGGUGAACGACCAAAGUGUUCUCCAGAAAGGACCCGACGCCUUCGCGAGCGUCACUAUUACUUUUCAGAAGGCAGGGGCGUGGCAAGGGAUGGAUACUGAUGGCGAACAAGGAAAAGCCUGCUCAAGGGCAGCAAUGAUGCAAGCCCUCAAUGCUUUCGUUGGGGCUGAUAUGGGCGACGUGGACCGCUACCUUCUGAAACAGGGUUCCACAAUGGUCUGCCACCGUGACGGGAAGGAGCUCCUGUCGUUCAUUGAGCGCCUUGCAGGGACCACCCAGCUCAAGACACAAGCGGAGCAAGUGCAAACUGACCUCGACGAUCUGCGUGAGGAUACCUUGAGCCUCGAGGUCGAUGUGCAAUCAUCGGCACAUGCCAGGAAAGGACUGCAGCCCCAGGUGGAGGCCUUCGUCGCUCAUCAGAACCAAGCCGCCGAGCUUCAAAAGGAGAAAACUGCCCUAUGGCAUAGGAAGUUGGCUUUGCUCAGGGUGCGCCUGGAGGAAAUGGAAUCUAUUUUGGCCAAGAACAAUUGCGAAGCCAACCAGCUACGGGAACAGAUGAAGUCCAGCAAAACCAAGGGGAAGGCUCUGACGCGUGCUCGUAAGCAACUAGAGGAGGGCAACGUGGAGAUCAUUGCGCUGUCGGCGCAAUCUUCCGAGCUCCAUUUGGCCGUCAGUGGCAUGCAGACCCGUAUCGACGAGCUCGAGAGGUCACCGGAGCUGAAUGUACCGGGGGGAGAAGGAUUCGACGAGCGCGAGGAGCUCGUGCGGGAGCUGAGUUCUCUGGAGGAAGAUCUGUUGCCGGAACUGGAGAAAUGCAUCGCAGAGAGGAAGCGAACUCUCUCGCAGGCCGGCACGCUGUUGGACAAUCUCGUCUCAGACGCGAGUGCUGCUCGCGUGGAAAUGGAGAAAAGGGACGGGGUUGCUGCGUCGUCGAAAAACAAACUGCAGGAUCUGCGACGGAGAAUUGCGGAGAUGGACACGGAAUCGGCCAAGCUACGCGCUCACUGCACGUCACAGCAAGCUCUCAUCGGACACUUGGAAGCUCGUCGUGGGAGUCGAGAUUCCGCGGACACCGACACGCGCAGCCCACCCGCGAAAAGCUCGAGCUCAUCGACGAAGCGCCAAGGUGGCGCCGUCGGAAGGCAGUCUGCGCCUGACGCCCACGGGCGGGUCGGCGCGUUGCGGUCGUUGGUGGAGAAGCUUCGGAAAGGCGGGGUAGGCGCGCACGGAAUGCUCGCGGACCUACUCCUCCUUCGUCGGUCGUGUGACGAGGCGGCGGUGGCCGCCGUUCUCGGAUCAGCCCUGCGCAACACCGUAGUGGUGCAGACACGCAAGGACGGGGCGCGGGUUGUGGCGGCGGUCAGGGCGGCCGGAAUCAACGUGCAAGUCCGGUGCGAUGUGCUCGACGAGAUGAGAAAUGGGAAUGCUUCGGCGUCGGCUGGCAGAGGCCGCGGAGGAGGGCAAGGCUUGAGCCCCCUGUCGGAGUGUGUGACGACAUCGGAUCCCCGGCACUUUCCGGCGGUGGAAAAACACUUGCGGAGCUGGUUGCUCGCAGAGACUCGUCAAGUGGCCUGGGGUGCGAGGAGAGCGCCAUCGAAAUCAAGCGCUGCCAACAUUGUGACCUCGUCAGGCGUUGGGUGUCAUGGCCCGAUCCAGCAGCAAGCGGGUACCGAGGACAGCGCGCACGAGGUUGAGGUUCGAUUGAAGAGAGCGCUGGAGUCCCUGUCAGGGGCCGAGACGAGGGCGGCUGAACUGGCUCGCGAGACAGCCCAGGCCCGGUUCGACUGCGAAGACGCUCAAGCUCGUCAUGCCUCAGCGCAAAACUCGGCAAAGGAGUGCCUACAGAAGGUGCUAGGGGCAGGCCAAAAGGUUUCGGCACAGCGCCGCCUGCUCGUUUCGGGAAGCAACAGCUGUACCGCAGAGGACCCCGAAGAGAUCCAGCUGGAAAAACUUCGUCAGCGGAGGGAAAUCAUCCUUGGCGAGCUGGCGGAGACGAAGGAGGGUGAUUCCGGUUCGCAAAGAAGGGUGGAGCGCAUCAACGUCGACACUCGGGCCGCAGUCACCCUCGAGCUUCGGAACCUCAGGGCCAAAGCUGACACCGAAAGCGGGCGUCGCGAAGAGGUGGGAGUGAAGUUACGCGUCUUGACGAAACGCGGGAAGGCUAGGCGGGAUCGUGUGGAGACCAUUACGGAAGAGAAAAAGUCCUUGGAAGCGCAGCACCAGUCAAGCAAGGCCGAGAAAGUUCUUCUCAACGAGAAGAUAGCCAACCUGAUUUCAGCGCUCGAAGUUACGAAAUCAGCCUAUCAAGGCAAGCGCGAGGCUGCGCGGGAGGCCGAGGGGUCUGCGAGGAAAGCAAAGCGCGAGCUCUCUUCCUUUGAGGCAACCCGAAUGGAUCUGUCAAUGAGGCAGGAGGCACUGACUGAAGACCGCCACAAGGCACGAGUAGAUGCAUCCCAUCUAGUACGGUAUCUUGCUGAGGCCACGCGCACUGCUGCCUAUGCUGAUGGUCCUUCGUCGAGAGACGGGCUAGAUGACGAAGCUGACGAAGCUGAAGAAGACGUCCACGACUCCGCUAUGGCGACAGCAGAAGGAGGAACAAGACUAUCUCGCGAACUAGAAACUUUCAUCUUCUUUCAAAACAGCAACUCGCCAAGGCCCACCGAUGGUGAAGGUGACGACGACAAAGGGCGCGGCGGGGCCCCUCCUAAUAGGAAAGGAGGGCGCCGAGAGCGGAGCAAGUCUCCUGAGAUGCGGAUUACGGCCGACCGGGAGGAGGACGAGGCCAGCGUGGCGGCGUUUGUGGACGUCUUGAAGGAAGCCACUGGUGGAAGCGGAGGAGGGAAAAGCAGAGGAAGAGGAUACAAAGAUUUCGUGGGGGACACAGACAUUGCGGAAGCAUCGAUCCGGCUGAAGGAGGCCGAUUUGCAGAAGCACCGCGAGGCUAUCGAUAUCACCGCCGUCACUCGCGCAGUCAGUUUGGAUCGCGAGUCCGUGAUCCUCGAGCGCAAGUUGGAGGCUGCCAAAGAGUCUGUGGUAGACCUCAUGGACAAGAAAGAGGGGCUCGAGGCGACGCGGCAUAGCACCUUGAUCAAGUGCCUAGAGGAAGUCAACGAAGCCCUAGGGGGCAUCUAUCGGCGGCUUACUAGCGCCGAGGACCCGGGGAAUAUGUACAACAACUCCGUUGUUCACAGCAAGCGGUUCGGCAAGUUCGGGGUGCGGGGUGCCACGGGCGGGGACUGUUUCCUCCGAUUCUCGCGAGAAAGGUCUCUGCUAGCGAGUGAAGGCCUGUCCGUGCAGGUAAAGCCUGAGGCAAUGAGUCCAUGGAGAGGGCCCGGGUCUCUCAGCGGUGGACAGGUGGCUCUCGUGGGGCUUGCGCUUAACCUCGCUACCCAGGCCGUGCGGCCAGCACCCCUGUACCUCAUGGACGAGAUUGACUCUGCCCUGGAUACGCACAAGGUGCGUCGUGUCGCAUCGAUUCUCGCAGAUCGGGCACAGAGCGGAAGCGAACAAUGCAUCGUCAUCAGUCACCGGGCGGAAAUGCAAGAGAGAGGGAGCCAUUUGGUUGGAGUGUAUCACUGCGAUGGCACGGCGAGAACGGUGGGUCUGGAACUGCAUCCACAGAUGCCUCAAGGGCACGACGAGAACGAAUACGAACAAGACCAGAGGCCGUGA